AACGCGCCGAACGCGGGAUAUCUACUGGCCUUUGAAAAGGACGAUCCGCGCCGCCUGUGAAACUAGUGAACUCGAAUAACGUGGUCAAAGUGUGCUCUGUGUGCGUGUGGUUUGUUUCAACGUCCUUUAUAUAAGCACCAAGGACGAGCCGGCGGAUUAUUUUCAGGUGGAAAAAAAGACAGGUGGUUAUGGUGGACAAGAAGGAACUUCUACAAUGAUUUUAUGACGAUUUAAUUAAUUAUCAAAGAACGAACCUACACUUUGACGAUGGAAGAAGACGAGGACGAAACCACUUCAAGGACCGCGUCGACGGUCACUUUAACUCAACGCUCAAUCUCUCGCACGUCUACUCAAACUUUCGUUGCUGAAACCACACAACCUCAAUGUCAAAUAAUCACACAACAAGCGAGCGGCGACUCUUUGGAAAGCCCAGAGUCGUCCAUAUCCCAAAAAAUUUCUCCACGAUAUUCCCUCCUUUCAAAAUCGCCGCACUCUAGUUCCUCCCAGGAAGAUUACGAACCGGAUCCCAAACAAGCCAAUAAAGGCCAGUUUUUGUCAGCGGGAAUACGAACGGAGACUGCGAAAAGCAUGGAAAGCCUACGAACGUCGAGCAGAUCUUUUUUGUCAACUAGCGAAAGAGAUAUGAGGAGAGUGUUUUCCGAAAGUGUGGAAACGAAAUCACUGGACAGUCUUGAGAGGGAAAUGAGAUUGAAAAGACACGCUGUUAGCGGCGAAGGAUCUAUGUUGACGUCUUCCGGAUCGAUGCUGAGUUCAGAUGAGACCAUUAACGCGGAAAAGAGGAGAGGCUUGUGGUCGGGAAAGGUACGAGUUCCUUCUCAUCUGAGUCUACCUCCGCCAGCUGGUUAUCUCAAUCUCAGUCCUGGCGAUAGAAAACUGACGAUUCUAUCUCCACACUCGCCACAUAGAAUGCCCGAUUUGCUGCACUUGUCUCAGGCUACGUUGAAGACGCGGCGAAAGAAAGCAAUGGUUUUGCCGAGAUUAGUGCUACCAAGGAGCGACUCGGAUAUCAGCGAAGUUUUCUCGGAACACAGCCUCGAGAAUAUGUCCAUUUCCACGUCCGAUACUAGAUAUUUCAGGAGGUUCCUAAGUUUCGACGUUGAAAAUGGAGCGAGUCCGGGAAGGAGUCCUCUGGAUGGGGCAGCGUCCCCCUCUGCUGGCCUGGUCCUCCAAAAUCUCCCCCAAAGGAGGGAGAGUUUCUUGUACAGAUCCGAUAGCGACUUCGAAAUGUCUCCGAAAUCGAUGUCUAGGAAUUCGUCGAUCGCUAGCGAAAGAUUCAAGGAGACAGAAAACAUAUUGGACAGAUCUCAUGGAGAAGAUCUUAUUGUCACACCGUUCGCACAAAUUCUUGCCAGUUUGCGCAGUGUACGCAACAAUUUCCAAUGUCUUACCAACGUGCCCACCAACAAGUCUCGCCGUUCUUCGGGAGCAGCGACGUCCGCCACCCCUCAACCAAGAAAUCUUGUGCCUGGAGAUGAAGCUUACAUGAAAAUGGCCAUGGAGACGAUGGAAGAACUCGAUUGGUGUUUGGACCAACUCGAGACCAUCCAAACCCAUCGGUCCGUCUCCGACAUGGCGUCACUUAAGUUCAAACGGAUGUUGAACAAAGAAUUGUCACACUUCUCCGAAUCCAGUAAAUCCGGCAAUCAGAUAUCUGAGUAUAUCUGUUCGACUUUUCUCGAUAAACAACAAGAGUUGGACUUGCCGUCGUUGCGUGUCGAUGAAGGCACUGAACCUCAGCCGAAGGGGACGCAACGAAAGGAGCGUAACCGCGGUCCUUACUCGACUAUGUCCCAGAUUUCUGGGGUGAAUAGGAAGCCUUUAUGUCACACCAAUUCGUUUACUGGCGAACGUCUGCCGUUGCACGGCGUCGAGACGCCCUUCGAAGAAGAGCUCGGCAAGUGUCUGGCCGAGAUCGAUAGGUGGGGCAUUGACAUAUUCCGCAUCGGUGAAAUGAGCAAUGGACGACCCCUCACCUGCGUGGCUUAUACGACUUUCACGUCGAGGGAACUUCUCAAAUCAAUGAUGAUUCCACCGAAGACGUUUAUAACGUUCAUGAUGACGCUGGAGGAUCAUUACGUGAAGGACAAUCCGUUUCAUAAUUCGUUGCACGCAGCCGACGUUACACAGAGCACGCACGUGCUAUUGAACACACCGGCUUUAGAGUCGGUUUUUACUCCCUUAGAAGUCACUGCGGCACUGUUUGCCGCUUGUGUCCACGACGUUGACCAUCCUGGACUGACUAAUCAAUUUUUAAUCAAUUCGAGUUCUGAGUUGGCACUUAUGUAUAACGACGAAAGUGUUUUGGAGAACCACCAUUUGGCGGUGGCAUUCAAAUUACUCCAAAACGAAGGUUGUGAUAUCUUUAUAAAUAUGAAUAAGAAGCAGCGUCAGACGUUAAGGAAGAUGGUGAUCGAUAUGGUAUUAAGUACCGAUAUGUCAAAACAUAUGAGUCUGCUGGCGGAUUUGAAAACGAUGGUUGAGACGAAAAAAGUGGCCGGUUCUGGUGUGCUGUUGCUGGACAACUACACGGACCGUAUCCAAGUGUUAGAAAACCUUGUGCACUGCGCUGACUUGAGCAAUCCGACGAAACCUCUGGCCUUGUAUAAGCGUUGGGUUGAUUUGUUGAUGGAGGAGUUCUUCCAGCAGGGCGACAAAGAACGUGAAGCGAAGAUGGACAUCAGUCCGAUGUGUGACAGACACUCGGCAACGAUCGAAAAAUCCCAAGUCGGCUUCAUCGACUAUAUCGUCCAUCCGCUAUGGGAGACGUGGGCCGACUUGGUGCACCCCGACGCCCAAGACAUCCUCGACACGCUGGAAGAGAACCGCGACUGGUAUCAGAGCGCUAUUCCUCCAAGCCCGCCGGCCGAAGAUGUGCCCGAUCAGCAACGGCCCGGCAUCCGCUUCCAAGUGACCCUUGAAGAGGGCGAAGGAGAAGCCGAAGCGGAAGCUCCGAUGUGACGGAGGCUGCUGGGCCUCUGUCGGAAGCUGACCGAGAAGGUGCAGCAGUGGUGGCGCGUGCGGCAGUAGAGACGCAGGCGUCCUCUGUCGGCCACCCCGCGCUGGCGCGGCGUUUGUUAUGUUUGCAUCGCUUUUGACUGAAUCUCCGGGCUCGCGCGCAGCCUGUCCCCGCAAGUUCCUGGGAGUGUACAUUAUGUUUAAGUCAUUACUCGUUCUUGUUUUAUUUUCCUGCCUUUCCACGACCCUCGUCAUGCCUUACGUAGGAAGACACCACCCCCUACUGAUUAUACAUCUGUAUAUAUAUUUCAUAAUGUCUGUCGGUGUAAUACUCAGCCCCAUUUAUGUAUAGGUACUAUGUGUCAUGUCAGCUAUGUUACACAAGUGAAGCUCUCUCCAUUUUAAAA